GAAUAACCGAUGCGGCUCAAGGACUCCUCGUUAAUUAUUCGCGAUUGUGCGCCCUGCUGCAGAGAAGAAUAGCGCGAGGAAUAAAAAAGUGGGAAAAAGAUAAUAAGAAUAAGAAGAACGAGGAAGAAGCCGGCUCUCGACUCAAUUAUCUACUCCACUUCAUGUCAUCGUAUGAUUGUCUUGUCAGUGAAAUGUGUUUACCAAGUGCGAUUGGGCAUGAGGGCUCAGUGCGUGUUGCGAGGUGUCUCGAACGUGUCAGAGCUGUGAUUCUAAAGUGGUCGUGGGUGGACCACGCUCGCGAGUGAGGUUAGGAAAUUGCUAAUUGAGAGUGUGUGCGUGCGCGGAAAGGAUUGAGAGUAGCGCGAGCGAUUGAUUUCGCUCGAAACGGAUUUUUGAAGUUAUAAAGGUGCAUCGCAGAGCGGCACGAUGCAGCAGCUACUGGCCCUGCUCGCCCUGGCUGCGUGCCUGGCGGACGUUCGCGGCGCCUUCAAACUGACGUUACUCCACACGAACGACAUGCAUGCACGCUUCGAUGAGACGAACCAGAACACGGGACCGUGCAAGAACACCGUCUCCCACAAGGGUUGCUACGGUGGCUUCGCGCGACUUAAGCAUGCCGUGCUUGAAGCCCGCCAGAGAGCAGCACAGCAGGGGCGCAGCUCCUUGUUCCUCAACGCUGGUGACAACUUUCAGGGUACUCCUUACUACACCCUCUUCAAGUGGGACGUCACCGCUGACCUCCUUAACAGACUUGAUAUCGAUGUCAUGUCGCUGGGAAAUCACGAGUUUGAUGACGGCGUGGCUGGAUUGGCUCCGUUCUUGCAAAAAUCCAAGACACCAAUCGUAUCGGCCAAUGUGGAUACUGGCGCAGAGACUUCUUUGCAGAGCAGCAAUGGCGUAUUGAUCCAGAAGUCCCUGAAGAUAAAACUUGGCUCCACAACUGUUUGCGUUGUCGGGUAUCUAACACCCGAAACUAAGUUCCUGGCGAACACGGGUAAGGUUGCAAUUAGCGAAGAGGUGGAGGCGAUCCGGGCGGAGAUCAAGCGGCUGAAGCAGGAGCCUGGAGCGGACAAGUGUCACGUGAUUAUCGGCCUGGGACACUCUGGCUUCGACGUGGACAAACACAUCGCCGCCGUCGUGCCCGAGAUUGAUGUCAUUGUAGGCGGACACACCGACACGUUCCUCUACUCAGGGAAGCAACCGGAUAUUGAAAAACCGGAAGCGAACUACCCGUACAUGGUGACGCAAGAAUCGGGGAAACGAGUGCCGGUGGUGCAAGCGUACGGCUACACCAAGUACCUUGGAGAGCUGGAAUUGGACUGGGAUGACAACUGGAACCUGGUCCGUGCCUCCGGAAACCCAGUUUUACUCGAUGACAAGGUUCCUCAAGAUGCUCCAGUAGCAGAGGAAGUUAAGAAGUGGACAGCCAAGCUAUCUGAAAAUGCGAAUCAAGUUGUUGGCUCUACCACUGCUCGUCUAGAGGGCACCACUGGCCUCUGUUCUUGUGCUGAAUGCAACCUCGGAAAUCUCAUUGCAGACGCCUAUGUAGAAUAUUAUGCAACAAAGUACCGACAUUUGAUACCACCUGAGCACUGGACGGAUGCCCCCAUCAGUUUCUGUCAAGCCGGCUCUGUGCGUGCCACAAUUGAUGGAUUCUACUCUUCUGGCAAUAUUACUUACGGCGAUGUGCUGACUGUGAUGCCAUUCAAAAACAAAUUAAUCAAAACAACCAUUACGGGUGCUCAAUUGCUCAAAACGUUAGAAUUUUCCGUUGCUCCACUGGAUGCGUCGUGUUCAAACAAACAUUCAAAAAGUGCAUUUCUGCAAGUCUCUGGUAUUCAUGUCACAUUUGAUAUGUCUAAGCCACCAAAUUCGCGAGUAGUGGAAGCAAGAGUCCGUUGCGGACACUGCAUGGUGCCAAAAUAUUUACCUUUGGACAAAAACGCUACGUACGGCGUUAUCAUGACCGACUAUAUUUUCAUGGGUGGUGACAAUUACAGCUUUGACCAAGAUGCACCCAUAACAACUCUUGAAUUAACAGAUACGGAGACGGUAGUGGACUACAUCCGUCGAAAAUCACCAGUUUACCCGGAACUGUCCGGCCGCGUUAAAGUCCUUAACUUGAGCGACCCCGUCAGCGGCAGUUCUGUUCUAACAGUUAGCCUCUUACUCUUCCUAUCCACUCUUUUCCUUACUUCUUACUCUAAAUAAAACACAUGUUUUAACUCUU